AUGAACGAAAAAGAGAUGAAACAAAAGAUCAGGGAAAUGAUUAGAAAGAAGAAAUCAAAGGGUCUAAAAUGUCUUCUUUAUAAGGAAAAAAGACCAAAUUCAACUAUUACACGGAUUCUCGUUAGGGCGCUGCCGAAUUUCGUCUUGGACGUCUUCUUCAGCGAAGAGAAUAAAUACAGAAUCCUCAAGAUCUUAUUUAGGACAAUACUUGGCUUUCUCGUAGGCCUUCUGCUCCAUUUUACAUUGGUGCAGCCCUUCUACAAUGAGCCGGGAAACAAAAAUAUGAUUCGCUAUGGAAUUGCAGUCAUAAUUUCCCUUGGCUGGGCAGUGUCGGCCUAUUUCAGAUGCAUGACAAUUCUCGUGUUCCCCAGCAUUCUGGAAAAAAGGGCAAACAUUUUUAUCUGCAUAUUUGCCCUGAACUUACUUCUGAAAGAGCCCUUCUUCAAUAUGUAUGAUAAUAUGUACGAAGUCCUGAUCAGCAUUGGAUGCACAGCUGAGAUGAAGAUAAAUCAUACCAAGCUGAUGCUCCAAGUCACCAUCAAUCCUCUGAGGAAGAUCAUCAAGGAUUUGGUGGUGAAUGCGAAAGAGCUCAAGAACUACACACUCGGCAUCUUGAACUCCUUCCAGGAAGUCAGGGCCGAAGUGGAAAGCACAGAAGGAUAUAAUAAGGACAGAGAGCUCAAGCUGAUCGAGCAGCAGAAGAAAGAGGGGCAUCCCCUGAACACGCAGCAGAAGUUUACUCUGAAGAACAUGCUGCGCUGUGAGGGUAUGAUGGAGUCCGGCGUAAACAACUGCCGCAAUUGGUUUAAGGGCAGGUAUCUAAAAUGCAAGGAGAAGAUUGCUGUGCCGAUCCUUUACAAAGUCAUAUGCCUGCCGCUGAACAUGACUUUCCUAUGCAACAUCCAAAAGGCUGUUCUGCCAUUCUGUAAGAAGCACAGCCCAAUGGAUGAAGACUUUGGGCAGCUGUUUGAUAAUCUCAGCGCCUCUAUAGACAACCUGACCUCCGACUUUGAUGUCGACAUUGAUGUUGAAAAGGCUGAUGAUUCCCGGUCGUUGAAGACUUCUUUUGCAACAGCAAUUAAAGCAAUAAAAAGCGGCCCGGAGAAGGUCAGGAGAAUGGCUUCACUUGUGUCAGCUAUAUUCUGGAUGAGCUUGGUGUCCGUGAUGUUCAUCUGUUUACUAUCCACGUGAGUACCGGAACUUUCUUUUUAUCAUUCUGCCACAGCUAUUUACCUAGGGAUUCAAUGCAGGGCCGCCAUCAGAGGGGGUACAAUUGUACUGGGCACCAUGUAAUCUUCUUCCAUAAAGAAGCCCAGUUGCGAUGCAAAAGUUGCACAAAUUACAAGUUAUAAUGUAAAUACUUUACGUAAUUUCUGCAAAAACUGCCUAGAAAACAACGAAACUUGCCUAGAAACUUAAGUAACUUGCGUAUCAAGCAAAAGACAAUGCAAUGAAACUUUGCAGGAACAAAA